UCCAUACUCUCCGGUCUCCUAUGGCUUCAACACGGGCUUUUUAUGGUCCUUGAAAAGUUCAUUCCGUUGUUACUUAUCCUCCCCUUGUGUGGUUUUUACUCCCUGGCUUGCGAUUUGGCAAGUUCGCGGUGCGACCACCAGCUUCUCCCUGUCGCUUUUCUCUUUUUGGAUGGUGCUCUCUUGGAGAGACCAGUCUCCGGUGACUUCAGCCCUCUCAUCUGGUGCUCUGAUGUCGACUGUUGAAUCGGGAGCUGUUUCGACCUGAUCGUGCUCUGCCUUGAAACCUUUUGGAGCGUGCGGUUUGUUGAUCGAUUCGACAGUAUCGGGAUACCUUUCUUUUUGCGUUCAGCUUUCUUUCCAAGUCUUGCUAUAGAGUUCCAGUCUUUUUUACCUAUUGGCGUUUCGAUUUCACCAGCUCGAAACCAGCCGGCUGGACCGGCGGAUUACUUUUGAUGCCUAUGCUUAAGUUUGACAGCUCGACCGUCGACAUCUACAUACUUUGUUUCCCUUCUAUCAUCACAUAACUCUUGCAGCAAUGUGGCUUAUAUCAUACUGGGUGUUCCCAGUAAUAGCAUCUGGGAUGUGGCUUGCCACUAUCUUAACUCUCCUGAUAGUUUGGUCAGCAGAUGGAUAUCCCAUAUAUUCGAGCAUGGAGCCGGGUCAGACUAUUGCGUAUAUCUCGGACGUUGCUGCCCAUGGCCUUAAACCACUAUUCAUUGCUGGAUGUGCAAUCACUGGCGUAUUCUUCGACCUCGGAUUUGUGUCAGAGCGUUGGCUGCGGCACAAUGGGCGGCUUUUGCGAAAUAAAGGAAGGCUAGAUAAGGCGUUGUCAACGCUGGCUAUUAUCUUUUCUAUCUGCGGCGCUGUGGGCUUGAUUCUCCUCUCCAUAUUCGACACACUCCGAUACCGCCAUCAGCACAAUGGUUUUCUGGUCCUGUUCAUGGGCGGAUAUCUUCUCAGUGCAGUUUUCGUUUGUCUCGAAUACUUGCGCCUCGGUAUCCAUUACCGAGAACACCGCAUCCUUACGAUUAGCUUCUGGAUUAAACUCAUAUUUAUUAUUGUCGAAUUAGCUCUCGCGAUUGCAUUCGGAGUCACAGGUCGAGGAAGAGGCCGCAAAAACCAGGCAGCCGUUAUCGAAUGGGUUAUUGCUUUCAUAUUCACAUUUUAUGUGUUUUCUUUUGUCAUCGACCUUGCCCCUGCCGUCCGCACACGACGCCAUAUUCCACAAGGCCAGCGCUUCCCAGAAAUGGUAUCGGUGUCUUAUCCGGCCGGCCAACAAGGUCAGCUGGAUAUAGCUUAUGAGCAGCCUCUAACCACAGACUCGAUGGGUGAUAUGGCCAAUCGCCAUCGCGGAUUUGCUAUCAACGACGGAGCCCCUUCUAACUGGCCAGAAGACCAAAGAAAUAUGCCCUAUAACCAGGGCCGGUUUCAGGAACCAAUCCCUGUGAAUACUUAA